GUAAGCGGGACAAUGUUUACAAGCCUGUAAUGAUCUGUAUUGUGUUUAAGGAUAUGAAUAAAGCUUGUUGUUGUUUUUUUGUUUUUUUACUUUCUCCUUUAUUAAUGUAGCCUGUAGACUCAACACCAUCUGUUGAGAAGUCGUGAGUAAGUGUUUGUUUUACAGCAGUGAAGACUGUAAACAUUACAAUGACAUCUAAACCCACGUGUCUUAUUGUGGUCAGUGCAACACUUCAAGGAGUGUCAGCUCGUUCCUUCCAGCAGUGUUUCUCUCUCUGUAGCCCUGUGUUUAACCUACAAACAGCUUCACCUGGGGGCAAAACUAUUGACUUCGUCGGGAUUGAUGACAUCUGUGCUGGAUGGGUUCAGGAUUUCAGUGUGAAACCUUACUCCACUCCAGCAAAACUGGAAUCUAUUGAUGGUGCCCGAUACCAGGCUCUCCUGAUCCCAGACUGCCCAGGAGCUUUAAAGGAUCUCGCUCACAGUGGCUCACUGGCACGCAUCCUCACACACUUCAGCUCUCACAAGAAGCCUGUGUGUGCUGUGGGACAGGGGGUUUCUGCACUUUGCUGUGCCGUAGACGGACAGAAAUGGAUAUUUAGUGGAUACAGCCUGACUGGACCCUCUGUGUUUGAGCUGGUGCGCUCCCCAGAUUUUGCCAACCUUCCUCUGAUUGUGGAAGACUUUGUGAAAGACAAUGGAGGCUCCUACACAGCCAGUAAAGAGGAUGCACUGCAUGUGGUCCUGGACCGCCACCUAGUGACUGGUCAGAAUAUUCAGUCUACCACAGCUGCAGUCAACAACCUGAUCCUGCUGAUUAACAGCAGGUAAAAUCCUUUGCCUGUUCAGAAGCACAGCAGUGUUGACCAACGACACUGGAAUACUUUGGUGGGAAACCAAUCACGUUAAAACCUUCUUGAUUUUGCAAUCAGUUUGUCAUCAUAUUUAUCGAUACGCUCUGGAGCUAAAGAACGGGAGACGUCCCGGUGAAUUUAAAAUUGUUUGUGAAGUUAUGAACGAUUUGUAAAGGUCAAGUUGGUAAAAAUCUAUAGAAAGUUACCUGAAAAAUGACCUUGCAGUGUUGAACUUGAUCAUAAUUGUUGACAAUUUAUACAUUUAGCUACUAUACAGUAGUCAGUAAACUACAGUAUGCAUUUUUAUUUCCAUUAUCUUCAGUACCAUUUCUUUAAAAUAUCGCAAUAAUUCAUCACAGUAUGUUUGUGAUUAUGGUGAAUCUUCUUUUUCCCCUUUGGCCUUAAAAAUGAUUUUUUUUAUCUGUAUGCAUUUGUCUCAAGUAUGAACUACUUCCUGUUAGUUUCUCACAGGAAGUCAUGUGAGCUUUCUGUAAAACAUUGAUUUUUUUCAAUCUCCUGUAUGUCAUUAAAUAUCCUCACUGUUGGCAUGGAUAGUGCCACGUGUUAAAAGAAGUGUGGAUGCGUAGAGAAAAGCUCAAUAAAGUUCAUAUCAGCA